ACAAAGCUAUGGGAAACAAAACCACCCUUUUGCUCUUUCUCCUUAUUCUUUGCCAUGAAGUGGCCAUAACAAUAGGCUUCCUUGAAGAUGAAGAUUGGAGGAUAGAGUUGGAAAAUAGAGAAGAGAGGCCUUCAAGUUCAUCAUCAGAUCAUAUGUUUUUGAUGCAGAACUCCAAGAGUGUGGUCAAGACUGAUGCAGGGGAGAUGCGAGUAUUGAAAAGCCAAGGUGGUAGGAUUUUGGAUAGACGCAUGCACAUUGGCUUCAUCACUAUGGAACCAAGGUCCUUGUUCGUUCCUCAGUACCUCGACUCCAAUUUGAUCAUAUUCCUUCUUAGAGGGGAAGCAAAGUUGGGAUUCAUAUACAAAGAUGAACUAGCGGAAAGGCAUUUGAAGAUAGGGGAUGUAUAUGUAAUUCCAGCAGGUACUGCAUUCUAUUUGGUGAAUAUAGGGAAAGGUCAGAGACUUCAAAUCAUUUGCAGCAUUGACACCUCAGAGAGCAUUGGAGUAGAUAACUUCCAGGCCUUCUAUAUUGGAGGAGGAGCCAAUCCACAAUCAGUGCUUUAUGGAUUCGAGCCUGUGAUCCUUGAAACUGCAUUUAACGAAUCAAGAAAGGAGCUAAGGAAAAUCUUCAACACGAAACUAGAUGGGCCAAUUGUGUUUGUGGAUGAGUCUCUUGCCCCAAGCCUAUGGACAAAAUUCCUUGACCUGAAGAAGGAAGACAAAGUGCAACAACUAAAGAAAAUGGUGCAAGACCAAGAAGAAACUAGUGAAGAAGAAGAAGAGAAGCAAACAAGUUGGUCAUGGAGGAAGCUCUUGGAAACUGUAUUAGGAAACGAGAACAAGAAGAUAGAGAACAAGGGCAAUGCUGAUUCCCCUGACUCUUACAACAUCUAUGACAGAAAACCAGAUUUCAAAAACGCUUAUGGUAGGAGCAUUGCACUUCAUGGAGGCGAUUAUUCUCCACUGAAAACAGCUGACAUUGGCGUUUAUCAUGUUAAUCUCACAGCGGGUUCUAUGAUGGCACCCCAUGUGAAUCCGAGAGCAACAGAAUAUGGCAUAGUUCUAAGAGGUUCUGGAACAAUUCAGAUAGUGUUUCCAAACGGAAGCAAUGCAAUGAACACUGAAAUCAAAGAAGGGGAUGUGUUCUUUGUACCGAGAUACUUCCCUUUCUGUCAAAUAGCAUCAAGAAGUGGACCCUUAGAGUUCUUUGGUUUCACCACUUCUGCAAGGAAGAACAAGCCACAGUUUCUGGCUGGUACUAUGUCCCUUCUUAGGACUAUGAUGGGGCCUGAGCUUGCGGCUGCGUUUGGUGUGAGUGAGGACACUCUGAGGCGCGUGGUUGAUGCUCAGCAUGAGGGUGUGAUACUUCCCUCUGCAUGGGCUGCACCUGGAGAUGCAGUGAAGAAGGAGGAGGAGGAGGAGGACCCUUUGGAGUUGAAGGAAGAGAAGGUGCAGAUGAUGCAGCCAAAGGCUAUCAAAAGCUUUGCCAAUGAUAUGGUUAUGAAUGUUCUUUAG